AUGCAAGAGAUUCCCAAGACGGCCAAGGUGGCAGAAGGCGAUCCAGAGAAGACGGCCUCAGCCGCAGCCCUCAUAAAUCAUAAGAAAACGACGAUCACUGCGCCGCACGGGCACGUGGCCUCGGACACCGCAGCCGUGACCCGCGUAGAACGGCUCAAGCAGUAUCGUGAGGGCCAGCAACGCAUCAAGGACCACGCCGCAAGAGUCGCCGGGCCGCCGAAGAAGCAGGCGAGCAGCAGAACCGCUCAGCCUCCGAGCAAGGCCCACAGGUCGACCAACUCAAGUGGACCAGCUACGGAUCUCGAGCUCCAGCGCUUUCGCAGCAAGAUAGAGAAAGCGAUGCGAUACUCUCAGCUGGGCAAACAAGAGGAGGCGAGGGCGAUCUUCAAGACUCUGCAAGGGCAGGAGCGGUUUAGUCGAUUCCGUAGCACCAGCGAGUAUUGGGUGGCUCUCGCUCGCUUCGAGGAGGAGUGUCAGAACUUUGCCGAGGUGAUUCGUUUGCUCGAUACUGCUUCGCUGGCUUGCGCCAACAAGGUGGAGGACUCGUUCCACCUAGGCAACGCUCUUGCCGGCUUCUUAAUCCGCGUAAACGACAAUUCAACGAACGCUAUGCGGCCCGCGCACGAGGAGGAUCAAGCCGUAAUGCUCCUCCCACAGACGCCCCGCACUCCCACGCAGCAGCUUCCCAGCUCUUCCUCUGUCUCGCCGUCCCCUUUCUUCUUCAACGAACUGGCUCCGGAGAGCGAAGAGUUCCUCUACGAAUGCCUGCAGAAGGCGCGGCCGCUCGACCGAUCCCAGCAGCAGCACGAGCCGAGGCCUUCCACAGCUGCCACCACCUGCAGCAGCGGGCUGUCCCCUUACCACAGGCUCCGGCAGGUGGUGGAGACCAUUAGAUCUUCGCCGCGCUCCGCACACCUUCCGAACAAGUCGCCAGGCCUGUCGCGGUCCAUCCCGCGCUCCAUCGUCCUGAUGAGCCCCUACAGCUCAGCUGAGCCUCCCGCGACAACAACCCGGGCUGCGCUCAACUUGUCCCCGACCCCGGACGCCGACAGACCAGCUGCGGACCAGCUGCCCGAGGAGGGUCUUCCUCUACCUGCGUUUGGACCAUCCGAGUCCGCUUCGCCGUCGCGACGAGAUAAUCAUCAAUCCCCUCCUCCUCCUCCUCCUCCUGGCCGCGACCUUGCUGCUGCUGCCUCUACGCCCCGGCUCUCGACGAGCGUUGUCCCAGCCUCCCCUUCACCGCCGGAGCUCUCCGAGUCCUUCCACCAACUCACUUCGUCCGGCCGCAACAAGAAGCAGCUCCUUCAGUCUCCUAGCGCACCCAAGCUGACGCUGACUACACGACUCGCGCUCGGCGAGGCGUUGCCUGAUGACGACCACGUCGCCCUCGACGUCGAGUCUGGCCCCGCGCGUGGCAUUGAGUGGGAGAAAGAACUGCCAGCAGCCACCCCCAUCACCAUGGAUGCAGCCGCUCUCGCCCUCGACAGCCACGCGACAGACGGCCAAGAGGCGGCCGUCUUUGCCCAAUGCGGCCGCGAAGACGUUCUCAUCGCCUACGGUGUCCUCUUCUCAGCGAGCCGUGGCGGCGAGCAGCGCCGGCUGGCGGCCAGCAGAGGAGAUCAUCUCAUCCGGCUCGCUGUGCAUAACCGAUCCGAGCUGCGCUUCGCCACUCCGCAAUCUCUUCGCCAGGCCUCCCCCCAGCGCGCGGGCAUUUCUACUGCCACCACCGCGCCUGUGGAGGACGUCGACUCCAGCAGCGAGAGGACCUGCGGUACCGCGAGCAGUCGAGGCCACCGAGAGAGCGCCCAUCAGCAUCACGACGACGACGAUGCGGGCACGGAUCUACUACUGAGCGACUUCGCCACUCUCAGCCUGUCGUCUGCUGACGUCUCCCUCUCCAGCGAGAGCGAGUCCGCUCUCAAUGGUGAGGGGGAGGAGGAGGGGGAGGAGGAAUCCAAACACGACCGCGCCCCGCAGCUGCCAAGCGAAGGCCAAGUGUCCCUGACCCCCCUGUUCGUCGUCAAGCCCAGAAAUACGAGGGCUUUUGUGCGGGCAUCGGAGAUCCAACCAACAACACCCGGAUACGGCCGCUUCGACACCUACGCCCCAGUCAGACGUACGAGCUCGAUGCGUAACGCCGAGCUAAUGGAUGUGACCGUCGCACUUUCUCCGAUCGGCACGCCGAGCCGGUCGAUUGUGGGCACCCCCGUCAGCACUCCGGGCAUCAACCCGUUGACCCCCUUUCACGGAGCGGCCGAAAGUGUAUCGGGCGAGCAGGCCGAGUCAUCUAGCCGCCCGUGUCAAGAGGAGCAGAAGAACGGCGGACUCACGUUCACGCCCGUUCGGCGGAGCCUACGACUGAACAACAAAUCUACAACGCCAAUGGCCAAGAUGAACACCCCGUUCCCGUUCGGCAGGGACCGCCACCUACGAAGUAACGAGGUCAGGACUGAUGCCCACCCUGAGGGCGAGGGUGCCGCCACCAUCACCGCUCCAGCUGGUCAGACUGCCGCCACACCUGCGGAGACGCGCCUUCGCGUUAAUACCAAGGACACGACGCCAACCGCCAAGAUGAACACCCCGUUCCCGUUCGCCAGGAGACGCUUUGCCAGCAACCAGCCCGCCGUGGUGCUGCUCGCCAACCCGCAUCUUACCAGCAAUCACUGA